UCAAAUGAACAAAAAAGAAAACAACCAGUUUUCUGUUGCAGUGCAUUAUCAAAUAUUAAAAAACUUUUAGAUCGAUUACGUGAUGCACCUUUCUUUUACGGAUUGAAAUACUUCAUAUUUGCAAUACUUGUUAUUGUAUUUUUAUUAUAUUUAGUAUAUCUUAUUUAUAAGAUUAUAACAGAUAUUCCAAUUGAAUCAACCGGAUAUAUUAUAGUUGAUGAAAUAGAUGUUCCCGUAAUCAAUCUUGGUGAUCAUCGAAGUUCUUGCAAUACAUUCAAGGCAAACAAAACCAUCAAAUAUACAAAUACUGAUAGCUCAUUAGAUGAUUUGAGACAGAUUGGUUUUUAUUUUAAUAUUCCAAACAUAAGUAUAGAAGAAUCAACCAAUAUCGGCAUAGCAUCUCUUUCUAUACAGCUGAUUUCACCUGAUUUCAAUCCACUGCUAAAUCCAAAACAAGUUAAAAGUGAUAUGGACAAGGCCAUUUUGUCAAAUUUGCAGCUUCAAUGGAAUUUUGUUGCUGGAAUGGCCAAUUAUGUUGCAUUGGUUAAAUUUAGGACAAUUGCUUAUAAGACCAUUCUUCCGAAUGAUGCUCGUGCAAUAAUCGGGUUGACACCAAAUUAUCAUGUUACUUAUUCUUUAGAAAGUGAUACCCAUUAUUUUCCUUUUAACACUAACCCAUCAGGAGUACCAAAUGGGACAACUGGUUACUUUUCUGUAGCUGCUGGCAAUUUUAUUCAAGAACAGACUAUUGAACAACGUUCAUACACGGUUUUCAGUGCACUUGCAGCAGCUGGUGGCUUUACUGUUGCGCCUAAAAAUAUUAGAUCUAAUGACUUGGGAAAAUAUGAUUCGAGGGAUAGGGAUGUUACUGAUAGCAUUUUGGAACGCCUUGCUGCGAUUGAAAAGUGUUUAAACAUUAAACCAGAACGAAAUAUUGUUUACGAUACAGAACGAAAUAUUACUACAAUAGAUGAAUCAGUUGAAGGUUAA